AAAAAAAUUUGCUGCUCCUGAGUUCAAAAAUAAGUCUUUUGUUAUUUAUAUUUGCCUAAUAUAUACACACUGACCUAACUAGCAAUAUUAUUUUCCAAGCUAAUGUGUUUAUGAAACAGAUUUUAUCAAACAAAGAACUUUAUAUUCCUGGUAUUUGAUUAUUAUAUAAUGAGUGAUGCAUGGAUAGUAUUAACAUUGUUUUAUAAAUACUGCUCUUUCAUACAUCAUCUUUGAACCUGUUUGUAAUCUUGGCAUCAAAACUUGUCAGCUAAAUUUAUCACUGGUGUAUUAAUAACGAAGAAAUCAAAGAAUGAGUAAUCAAGAUAGCGUUGGUGUUAGCAUAAAUGAAAAUGUGGAAAAAGAAAAAAGUAAUGAACAAAAAUUAAGUAUCAUUUUGAGAAUAAAAAUAUUCCUAUUACGUAAUCUAUUGCCUUUUGGUAUUGUGUUAUCGGUAAUUUUUGGUAUAGCCCUUCCUCAACCGGCAGUUUACUUGAAUGAAAAGAUUCCUCUUGGAACAAUUUGUGUCGUUUGCUUAUUUACAACGAUAGGAUUGCGUUUACGGAUCAGCGAAGCAAAGUCUGCAAUCAAGUCGUACAAAGAAAUUGUGAUUGGAUUGAUUUUAAUCUUAUUUCUUGUACCGUUUUCCGUAGUGAAUAGCUUGAAUAAAAUUCCUUAUUUUUCUGCAUUAAUUGGACAACAAACAAACUCCAGAAACGCUUCAAACAUGAGCAGUUAUGAAAUGAAGAUUUUGGGACCUGAAGAAUUUCGAAUUGGUUUACAAAUUUAUUUCAUGUCACCAUCAGCACCUGCAUCAUCACUCAUUUUGGUUACUGCUGCAAAUGCUCAUCGUGGAUUGUGCGCCUUGUUAUCAAUUCUUGGUGUAUUUAUAUCAAUCUUUACAAUGUCUUCAACACUUUCAUUGUUUUUACCGACAAUAAAUGCUCAGUUAUCUGUUACUAAUUUGUUGAUCAGAAACGUUUUGCGAAUUCUUACUCCUUUGGUGGUUGGAAGAUCAGUGCGUUCAAUUCCUGCAGCGCGAAAAAUCAUUCAGUCUUGGAAUGAUGCCUUGAAAUAUGUCGGAAUAAGUUGCAUAAUACUUCUCCUCCAUGUCAGAAUCAGUGAGACCAGUAACAGUGGACAUUUUGAAAAAGUUGCUACUCUCAAUGUUUUUUGUAACUUGUGUCUUGCUAAUGCGUUUGUUUUAAUUAUUUUGAUAACAACCUAUGUAGCUCUUUUAUCAUUGCCUUUCGUUCCAAAAAAAUCAUCAAUAACACUGAGUGUUAUGAACUGUCUUCGAGUUGUUGGUAUGUCAGCAUCAAUAGUUGAUUCAUUGCCACCAGAAGUGGGAGAUAAAGGUUUGAUUAUCUUACCGAUGGGUCUCAUCUACAUGACAACUCUUUUAUUGUUGAAUGCAUUUGUAUAUUUUGUGAAGAUUGAAGAAGAGGAAAACGAGAAAUUUGAUAAAGAAAUGAAAGAUAAACCAAAUGAAUCGGUCAACAGUUCUGCAUUUACCAUGUAUACUGAUAAUAAGAUUUGAUAUAACUAAUAUGUGAACACAUUAUGUGUCUCCUAUCGUAAAAGUAUCUCCGUGUUUCUACAUAUUUAGUUAAUUUAGAUCAGAAUAUGUUUGUUUGUAUUAUUUUUGUAUUGACAUGCGUAAUAUAAUUUUCUUCAAUUAUUUGAA